GCUGCUGUCAUCGGCCUCUUCCGCUAACGAUGUUGAGCUAACUGCAGGACUGAAGCCUUGACAGCACCGCGCCCUGAAACCAGAACCGACCCAGACCUCCCGGCUCCUCCGGCCCCGCCUCACUCCGUCCUCAGGUGGCAGCAUGGAGCGGCCCGGCAGCAUCCAGCUGGACAUCCCUGACUUCAGUAACUCGGUUCUGACUCACCUGAACCAGCUGCGGGUCCAGGGUCGUCUGUGUGACAUCGUGGUCCAGGUUCAGGGUCAGAGUUUCCGCGCUCACAAAGUGGUCCUCGCCGCCAGCUCGCCGUACUUCCGAGACCACAUGUCUCUGAGCCAGAUGAGCACGGUGUCUCUGACCGUGAUCCGGAACCCGUCGGUGUUCGAGCAGCUGCUGUCCUUCUGCUACACGGGUCGUCUGUGCCUGCAGCUCGCCGACAUCAUCAGUUAUUUGACCGCCGCCAGCUUCCUGCAGAUGCAGCACAUCAUCGACCGCUGCACGCAGAUCCUGGAGGGGAUCCACCUGAAGAUCAGCCUGGCCGACCUGGACCAUGAGUCCAGGGAGGACGAGGCGCGAGGGUCCAGGAGCGCUCGGAACCUGGAGGCCGUAGUCCGAGGAGGAAGUCAUCACCACGCCAGUCUGCGGAUAUUGGGCCCGCGGGGCGGAGCGGAGGCUCGGGACGUCAUCAGCCCCGCGGAGGAGCCCAUCAGCCCGUCCCCAACUGUGGAGCACAGCGGACUGGAGGGGGGCGGGGCUACGGUUGUUGGCAGAACGGGAAAAGAACCGAUCCUUCGCAUCAACCGGGCCGGUCAGUGGUACGUGGAGACAAGCAGCGAGCCGGACAGGAGUGGCAGUGCCGAGGAGGGCGGCAGCGUGGAGGGAGUCCACAUCAAGUCCGAGAUGAUGGAGGAGGAGUGGCUCACAGCCGAGCAACAGGAAGAGGCAGGGCCAGUGGAGGAGGGCACCACUGUGAUGAUUGACACUUCAGGACGCAGCACACUGGUCACGGGGCAAGGCGUCGUCCUGGGUCCACGAAGUGUCCAACCAUCAUCCAGCUUCAGUGAGACUGACCGGUUCAGUCCCACAGGAAGUGUGGUCGUCCUGACCGAGCGUCAGCGAGCGAAGAGUGAGUCUCCGAACAGAGUGGACGAUGUGAGACAGUCCAGUUCACAGGGGGAGGAGCAUGCAGCGUUUGACAUGGGAGGCUACGAGGAUUACCUGAGGGAGCAGGUAGGCGAUCGCUGGUUCCGCUACAACCCACGUCUCACCUGCAUCUACUGCUGCAAGUCCUUCAACCAGAAGGGCAGCCUGGACCGACACAUGCGCCUGCACAUGGGAAUAACGCCGUUCGUGUGUCGCAUCUGUGGGAAGAAGUACACGCGUAAAGAUCAGCUGGAAUAUCACAUUCGUAAACACACGGGAAACAAACCGUUCCACUGCCACGUCUGCGGCAAGAGCUUCCCGUUCCAGGCCAUCCUCAACCAGCACUUCCGCAAGAACCACCCGGGCUGCACGCCACAGGAAGCUCACAGCGCGUCCCCUGAGACCACCACCACCUCCGUCACGUCCAGAGGAGGUCCUGGAGAUGAGGCCUCGCCCAGCAGGGAGGAGCCAGAGGGAGCGGGUGGAGGCAGCGGCGGAGGCAGCGGCGGAGGCAGCGGCGCCCAGUACGGCGAAGGUCCGCAGGCCUCGGUCUCCACCACUGGACCGGACUGACCCGGCUGAGGUUUCAGAGGUCAGGGGUCAGACCUGGCCGACACACACAAACACCUCAGAGUCCGAACUGAGAUUUGUUUCUGCUUUAAACCGCAUCUACCUUCACGAACCAAAACAAACCAAGAGAACGCCACACACUCCACGACAACCUCAUACACCGGAGUCCUUGCUAGACUCCGCCUCUUUCUGUUACUGUGUCAUCGCUUUAUAUUCGCAGCCUCACGACUUUCGACAAAUCGCAUCACAACCACUUUGCCAAAAUAUUCAAAAUAAUCUCAGUGCCAGUUUAACAACUUCAAUCCUUCAUGUUUGCCUUUGACAAUCCACAGUCCAGAGGGUUAAUGAGAAAUGGCGUCGCCAUGGUGAUGCCACGGUGACGCCCUGGUGACGCCACGGAAACAAACAAAAAAAGAGAAAACUCCAGUGUGUUCAGAGCUCUUCCUCUUCCCCCUGCUCCUCCUCCUCAUUAAUUAUCAUAUGAAUGCGUAUAAUUAAAUGAAUGAAUUUAUUUGUUUCAGAAAAUUUUCACUAAAACAUCACCACAGGUGGACAGCAGGGGGCACCUUCACAGAGCCAGAAUCUUCCUGAAAGAAUGAAGCUCCCCCUUGUGGCCACUCAAAUAAAUCACUAAGACUGUAUGUUGGUGAGCGAGAGUGAAAUAUUUACGUUUUUCACGAUAAUGAAAAUUCACCACAAACACGUAAACGUUGUUUUUCAACAGGAAAAUUAACUCUAAUUAUUGUUAUGAUCUAUUUUUGUUUCAUUUGAACAAAAACCAGGUUCUGACGCACAUUUAUUAUGUAACCCUCAUCUAAGUGUCAUAAACGUCGUGUUCAGCUCACAUGUGAAGAUCCACAUGUGGAUCAGGAUCACAUGUGGAACCUGAGACCAACACAGAAUGUGGUUUUAGUUUGAGCGUUGAAAGGUGAGGAGCCUAAACUCUGAUCACACUGGACUCAUCUAUUGGUUUCGCUGUAAACGAUUAUGAAUAUCAGCGUUUAGUGGCAGUUAAAGUGAGACCGAACCGGACUGAAGUGGACCGGACCAUGUUCCGGUCCAUGUUCCGGCCUGUUGACUGAACAGAGCCGCAGCAGGAAACAGCCUCAGAUAAGCUACACAGCUCAGUUACCUCUCAUCACUACGCAAUACAGCUGCUGCACUGCAGUGCACAGCACCACCGGGGGGCGCUCUGAUCCACUCACAGAGCUCUCUGUCAGUCUUCUCAGAUAUUUUAUAAACAAACACGAUGCUUUUUCUUUCUUUGAUUGACACUUUUUUGCUCUGACAAUGUUUGUGACAAAUACAUGGACUCGAUUCCUGAUCAGUGAUCAAUAAUCAAUAAUCAGUUAACGACGCCUUAAAUCUGCCGCACACAAUAUUCAAUUAUAAUUUGAUUCUUCUGUAAAGUGAUGAUUGAUCUUUGAUCACCAACAAUCCAUCAAUCAAUCAAUCAUUCAUUCGAUCGAUGGAUUGAUUGAUUGAUGGAUUGUUUGAAGGUUAAAGUGCAGCAGAUUUGAUGCGUUGUUGUCUGACUGCUGUGAUCGGGCGGCGUCAGGACAAGACCUGGACCCAGUUAGACCACAUGGAUGUUGUAGCCAGGCCCUGCAGGGGUCAGAGGUCACCUGCUGAUCCAACGUCCUGGCAACCAAAGGAACGACGGCGCGGCGGCCAUGUUGGUCCCGAAAUGCCACAACACGAGCACUUAUGGGGGGAGGGGGGGUCAGAGACAGGGACAUGAAUGAAAACAUAAUCUCAAACUACUACAAUGAUUAUUAUUAUUAAUAUUCACACGUUCAUCUUGUAGACGUUGUCGUUUUUCUACACAGUUUUUAUGCAAAUGAAGUCUCCAGACUCCACGCCCUCUUCAGGCUAAACCAGGAACUAUCAGGUAUAAAAGACUGUUUUCUUUCAGCCAAUCACGUCGUCACGUUUCCCCACGUAGCAGAAUGCUAACGGCUAAACCUCAGUGUAAAUAAGCAAUGACGAGUCACCGUGGAUCCAUCGCCACGAUAAUGCAGAAAACAACAGACACUAAGGAUUAUGGGUAAAUCCUCAGCACAGCUGCGACGACUCACGAGUGACAUCAUUGAUUGUUUUUUUUUUUAAUUAAAGGUUCAGGAAAACGCUGUGACAUCAUCAACAUCAUCAUCACUUUUUUAUUAGGACAUGAAAAUAUAAAUCAAGUGUAGGAGUUUAUACGUCCACUAGAUGGCAGUAAUUCAAUGUCAUUAAACUCGAGAAGAAGAAGAAUCACUAUUUCUCUGUUUCAGAGCAUUAUAUUUAAAGUUAUACAAACUAUGGCUCUUUAAACCAGUCAAAACCAGUCUGUACCGGUCUGAGCCAGUCUAAACCACUCUGAGCCAGUCUGAGUCUGAACUGCCUUCGAACCAGUGUUAAGUCAGUCUG